AUGGCGGACGACAAGUCCGGCAAUGUGGUUCAGAGCACUAUCAUUCGCGUCGACCACCUGUGCUGCCAGGGCGAGGCCGCCCUCGUCCGCAAGCUGCUUGAGCCUUUCGAGGCGUGCCUACAAAAGCAAACACGCGAGGGAGCAAAGACGAACGACAUCACCUCCUGUGCUAAUCAAAACCCGUGUAUCGCGCGCCUCGCACACUGCGCCCCGCAGGCGGCCGAAAUCGUCCGGAUCCUCAACACGAAGCAGCUCGGCGCCUCAAUCGCCGACGCUGGCGCGAGCGGCAGCGGCGGCGGUGGGGCCUCGCUGACGGGCGCAGAGGUGAUGCGGUCGCUAGUGACGGCACUCCAGAUCCUUCUCUUUUGCGGGGCGCUUGGCCUCAACUUGUAUGGCGUGCUGCCCACGAUCGCGCUUGGCCUGGCCGGGGGUUCGAUCCUGCUCAGCUGGCCGAUGUUCCACUCGGCGCGCGCCAGUAGCUGCGCGUACCUUUCCGUCCGUCGCGGUCUGCCCAACGUCGAGUUUCUGAUGACCGUGGCCGCGCUCGGCUCGGUGGUGCUCGGAGACUACGUCGAGGCCGCAUCGGUGGGCGCCAUCGUCUCGCUGAUGGACAUGGUCAAGUUCUUCUUCGUCGAGCGCUUCGAGCGGCAGCUGCGCGGGGCUGCAAACGGCCCGCCGCCAAAGGUUGACAUGCCGGGCGGCAGCUCCAAGCCGGCUGGGGACGUGUACAUCGUGCGCGCGGGAGACGCGAUUCCGACAGACGGAGUCGUGACGACGGGCAAGGCGUCGGUCGACGAGAGCCGACUCACCGGCGAGGCGAUGCCCAUCGAGAAGGAGCAGGGCGCGUCCGUCAAAAGCGGCGCAAUUGUCGCGUCCGGGUACAUGGAGGUGAAAGCGGAUGCGUCGGCGGACAAGAGCUUCACCGCGUCAUUGGGCACCCUCUCAGAGACGGAGGAGACAGUCAGCCGUUUUGCCAAGUUCUACACGCCGGCGAUCAUCCUCGCGGCCGCCGCGAUCGGCUACCAGUUCCUCGUCGUGCUCGUCGCGGGAUGCCCCUGCGCACUCCUUGGCGCAGCGCCGUUCGCCUACGGCGCCGCGCUCGCCGCGCUCGCGAAACGGCACUCGCUGCUGCUCAAGCAGAGCACGGCUCUAGAGGCGCUCAGCAGGAUGAAGUAUAUUGGUCUCGACAAGACGGGCACGCUGACGAAGGGCCAAUUCGACCUCGUCGAGUUCGUGGUCUUCUCGAGCACCUACACUAAGGAGCAGUUGCACCGCUGGCUGGCGGCGGUGGAGGUGCGCGAUAACCAUCCGAUCGCACGCUCCAUCGUGCAAAGCUACACCGGCUGUGUGGUCAACUUUGCCGGCUCGGACGAGCUGCCUAUGGUCAACCCAUUCAAGCGGCAUGGCCGCAACGGCGUCACGGGGGGCAUUGACGGCAAGAUUGUUGGCGUCGGCAUCGAGCAUCCUAUCGUCUGCAACAAGGACUUCAUCGACUUUGUUGGGGCCGAGAUCCCGCCGACGAUGGCCAAGACCAUCCAGGACAUCUCCUGCGAAGGGAGGACGGUGCUCUACGCGACGGUGGAGGCGGACGCCGAGCCGGAGGUUGCCGCGGUGCUAGUGCUUCAGGACGGACUCAAGCCCGCCUCGGUCGAGGUCAUCUCGCGGCUUCGCAGCCUCGGCGUGACUCCCCUGCUCCUGACGGGUGACAAGGGCGGCCCGGCUACCAGUGUGGCGGCGGAGGUCGGAAUCAAGGCCGAGGACGCGCGUAUCCUCCUCGCGAAGAGCUUUCCCGACGACGCUGGGCCCGCUCACAAGGCGGCGCCGCUGCUACCGACGGCCAAGGCGAAGAGCAAGCGCGGGCCGAUUGCGGUCGGCUUUGUUGGCGCCGCCUCAGCAGCAUUAGAACGGGACGGCCUCAACGACAUGGCGGCGCUCGCCUCGGCCCACGUUGGGGUGGUCCUGCAGGAGAUUGGCUCGCAAGCGACCCUCGACGCUGCGAGCGCGGUGUUGCAGAGCGACAUCGGCGAGCGCCUCCCGCCAAGAUGGUGUGUGCUGGAACGCGAGCUUCCCGCCGCUAUUGUGCUGGCGCGGCGGACUACCUCGCUCGUGCUCUUCAAUGUGCUGCUCGCCCUCUCUUUCAACCUAGCCGUCGUCGUCGCUGCCGCCACCGUCGGCCUCCCGCUCUGGCUCAGCGUCGCGGCAGACAACCUCGGGCUGCUCGUCGUGCUGGCACAUAGUCCUGGUUGGCAAUAG